AUGGAAUGCCAUGAUGAACCUACUGUCACGCGAUCCUCCAGUGAAUCAGACUGCACUUCGUACCCACAACUGUCAGAAAUCACUCUGGCUUCAGAUCCUACCUCGUCCUCCUUCCAAUCCUUAGACCUCAUGACCAACAACUUCUAUACGGCCACCACCGGCCUGAUAACUGAUUUCUCAUCAGGCCCUCUCAGUCCGGUGCCCGGGGGCUCUCAUGGCGACCAUUCCACGGAGCCUCACAAUCCCAGAUCCAGUCCUUACCAUCCUUCCAGUACUCGCACUCCAGCCCAGACACCCUCGUCUUCCCCCAAAAAGGCCACGCCACCCGCGUCCAAUCCCUCCUCCGACUUGUCUAUCCACCGCCAUCCUACACCUCAGCGCUUGAGUGUCCUCCGCCAGGGCGGAACGGCAAACGUGCUCGACUUGGCCAGCUUGGUCCGAUCAGCCCGUGAUCGAGCUCAGCAAUCCAAGGAAUUCAUCUGCUCGCCUCCCACGUACAACUAUUAUACCUCCACAUCCUCCUUGGAUUCACCUCCCGUCCGCCCCAGCCUCAGCGAAUCGAUAGACGGAAAGCCUAGCACCCUAGGCCCCUCCCUAGAACCCCGGUCUGCCUUGGUAUCUCAGUCCUCUCAACACAUUGCCGGGCCCGCAUGGCCAUACUGCCUAUCGGAAAACAAGCUACGAUCAUACACGCCAGCUGAGCUCGACUCCUCUCCCUCCUCGUCCGUUCGACUCCCCAGCGUCGAUGCCCAAAGCCUGGCCGAGCUGACAUCGACCAGAAGCCAGCAGCCGCGGCUCUCCUCAUCUCUGUUGGACGAUGCAGACCAGGAGGAGGAGAUCGAGUCGAUGGAGUUGCGUGCGUCCGAUCCGACGUCCGAGCUGGAAGCCAUAGCGAUGGCUUCCUGUCUGCCGAUCUCGAUGGACACCAUGCGCUCCUCAGCCGGCCCAAGGAAGCGGAAGCCCCAACGGAGUAAGUCUCAGGGCGGGGGUCUCUACGCUUUCUGGGCAGGCGGCCCCCCCGAAACCGUUCCGGGAUCCUCCGUCGAUUCCUGCGCCGCGACCCAUUCCAGCCUCCCGCCGGUCACACGCGCCCGGCCCCGCGCCUGCUCCGGGCCGUCCCCAAGCGAUCCUCAGCUCGUCUCGAGCUCCGCCGUCCCGAAGAAGCCGCCCCAGAUCUCGUCCUCUACCAUGCGCAAGAAGAGUGGCUUCUUCCGCCGAAAGCUCAGCACCUCAUUGUCUCAAGCCGAUCUAAAGUGUGAACAGUUACCCACGGCCAACUCUCACCAGCCACUCCAGCUGGCCUUCUCGUCAACAUUCGCCGAGCCACUCGUCCCCCGCCACCCUCUCACCAACGACAUAUCCCAGCAGCAUCAGCAAGACAAAGCCCUCAACUCAACCCCUCCAGUGCCCAACAUCCCCUCCUCUUAUCAUCGCAGUUCGAGCUCUCAGCCGAAUAAUAAUAUUAGUCAUUCGCCCAUGCCUCUCAAGUCCCGUCUCUCGAGCGCCGGCUCCACGCGCCAAUCCCUAGCCCGUCCCGCCUCGGCUGGUCACUCGCAAGAUUCAGAAGACUCCAGACAGGACCAAUCGACGCCAACCAAUUCGAAAACUCUUGCCAAUUCCCAUCAAGAAGCUUUCCGCAAGUCGAUGUCUGCCUCUCAGCUCACCCGCCAUGGCUCCCCCUCUGAAUCCCUCUUCUCGCCGAGCGCUUCUAGCAGGUCCCACAGCCCUGCACGCAGCUCUACCAAGCAGCAUCCCCCCUUGCCAUCCCCUUCUUCUCAGCCCAAGUCCUCUUGGUUGCAUUCAACCUCCAGGGCCUUGGUAUCUUACACCGAGCAGCGCGCAGAUCCUUUGAGCCCUCGUGCAGCCCAAUCACGUCCCCCAAGCUCAACCAACCUACCCCCCUCAUCCCUCUCCAAGACGCGCACCAUCCCCGCACCCUUUGAUUUACGCUCCGGCAAAACUCGCCCCGUGCUAACCCCCACCACCUUUCUGGGCUCCAGCUCGAGCACUCUGGGUGGAGCUGAUAGCGGCCAGCUCGGCUCGUCUGCUGGCCCAGCCAGUCAACAUGCCUCAGCAUCUAUCUCAUCGUCAUUACUCUCAUCGGACUCCCCUUCACAAACCCACCGGUUAUCCAACCUCUCCAGCACCGGGCUGAGCGAGGAGGAUAAACUCCGACUGAGUCUCGAGCGUUGGAAUCUUGAUCAAGAUGGCGUCCUCCGAGGGGGUCUCUCCUCCAUAUCUCCUCAGACUCCUAAAGCAUGUCAGUCUUCUCUUGCUCUCCAUCCUUCUGAACCAAUCGAACAUAUGCAACAAGUUGUUCACUCCACUGGCUUUGACUUGCAAUCAGCUCCUGAUAUUGACACUCUUUCAUCAUCUGGUUCGAUGUCAUCAUUCUUCUCAGCUGCAUCUGAUCUAAUCGACCCCAGCAACCCUCACGCCCAAGACGGGGGCAUUUCUGAGCGGGUCUUCAACAAGCCGCUCGUCCUCAACCCGGCUACGAGCCAUCAGUACAACCUAAACAAAAACCCCCCUCCUCCAGACAGCGCCGCACUCUCCGCCUCUACCUGCUUGCCCAGCCUGGUCAAUCCGAACCGCACCGCUAUCCAGUCCAGAUAUCCGGCCGAGCCGCUUGACAAGUCCCUCAGUCAGUCCCGGAUCAGAGCCCUCAAUCUCGACCACUCGAGCCCGAUCCCAUCCUCCAGCCUGGCAAUUGUCACAUCUCCUGCCCUCAGCUCCCAGCAAAGCCCCUCGAGCGACGGCUCAACCAUCCAGGUUAAUCCCGGCUCGAUCUCCUCGCCCAAUCUUAGUACUACUUCCGGGCUGUCCAGCCCCCAGGGAAUUGUCUCUCGAGCGAGCUCGAUGAAAGAAAGUCGAGAACUCACUUUCAGCCCGCUCACUUCCGUUCGAUCUGUCAAUCUUCGACGCCGAGGUUACACCGAGGAUGACUGUGCCCUGGCCCCGAAGAUCCUCGGAAGUCAGUUCCCUGCCGCCUCCAGACGUCCUCAAAUCUCAUCACAGCCUGUCUCCCGCACCACCAGCGCUGAAACAGCUCCCGGCAGUACAGUCGAGCCCCUGCUGGGACUACUCACACAUGAGGAUGAAGAUAGUGAAACCGACGAUCCUUUAUCUCUUCUAUCGCCGAGCAUCCGGCUCGUAUCAUCAUCUGAUAGUACUACUUCUGAGCCAGGCCACUCUAACUCUGUCAAUACAACUAAUCAAAGCACGCAUCCCAUGUCGACAGCCUCAUCUUCCAAACCCCCCAUUAGCCCUAAUACACAAUCACAUCCCCGAUCAACCCUUUUCAACCGUGGAGAUCUCUCUGCAUUCUCCAAAUCGUCUGGGCAUGUCUCCUCCAGCAUCAGGACUCAUCAGCCUCAGUCAUCUAAACCCGCUCCUCCCAAGAGAGGUAACGCAGGCUUAGGCAUCAAACCGAUUGUCGAGCCUGAUCGUUCUAUCAUUCAACAUAUUCCUCAGCUCCAGAGGCGCGAUCUCGACCAAGCACAGCCGACCAAGCUCGGACCCGCUAGUGACGAUAUUCGUACACCCCGCAAUCACCAAUCCUCACCCAACUUGAGGAGCCUUCGCCCGUCAACCCCACCCGAUUCCUCUUUCUUCUCCGUCAUCGUCUCGGGGCCUCAACAGCCUGAAGAGGACUCGCGGACAAUUCUGCCUCCAAGUCGGGAAAACCUCGCCGCUCAUUCCAACCCACAUUCACUGCCGACUUCAGCACCCUCCCCUAAUCUAGAGCACUCAGACAAGCCAGAUUCCGUUCAUUCCAACCCGCCACACUCGCUCCACGUUCCGGGCAUGACGUUACAAGCAAACGCCCACAGGCUUGCCGAGCUCUUCUGGCAGGAGGACGAGUCGAUUAUCAAGCGUCGGAAGCUGACCGAAUGGCUCGGUAGCCCCGAGACAUCCGAGAACCAACUCCAAGCGCUAACGCGUCGCGCGUUCAUGGACAAGUUCGACUUCAAAGACCUCAGAAUCGAUCUUGCCUUCAGGAAGCUCUGCACGAAGAUGUAUCUCAAGGGUGAAACUCAACAAGUCGACCGCAUCUUGGCCGAGUUCAGUCGAAGGUAUUGGGAACAAAAUCAAUCUAAUAUUUAUGUCAAUGCUGAUAUGGUACAUGCUAUGUCGUAUUCGAUUCUUUUGCUCAAUACCGAUCUUCACGUCGUCGACACUACCUCACGCAUGUCACGCUCUCAAUUCAUCCGCAACACCAUGGAGACCGUCUACGCGCAACUGUCUCAGUUCGACCUUCCCGAAGCAAACCGGUCGAAGGCCUCGAUUAUCGAACCGUCUCGGCCUUCCUCGACCACAGCCGACACGUAUAGGGCGAAUUUCAAAAUGGCCAGUAACGGGAGCAUGGCGACGCGAAAUCGACGAACUUCAUUUGUCGAUCUCACCCGCGUUCUACCCGCUUCGGGUACCUCCUCCCACACUGCAGCUCGCCCCUCGAUGGAGCGGUGGCGGGAUGCCCUUCGGACUGGCUCCCAACCCGUCAUAAAAACUUCCCGCCGAAGCCACAGCAUCACUUCCUGGCCCAGUGAGGACGAUCUUCCAGCAACUUCCGGCGUCUACUCUCCUCUACCAGGCAGUAGCAGCACCGAUCAUGAGCGUCAUGCGUCCCUCGACACUGGCGCAUCUUGCUCCCCUGCCGCCAGUCGGGCUGAUGAUCUCCCAAGCACAGUGAAUCUCAGAUCAGCUGAAAAUGGUUCCCCCGCUCCGAAGGCCUCCACCAAAGCCCAGUUUGAAAAGGAAGUCGAAUCCCUAUUAAAGGAUAUUUAUAUGGCCGUCAAAAGUCAUCCGAUUGCUCAAAAUCUCGCCGAACCUCAAUCUCAGGAGCCUGGAGCUUAUGGAAGUCUUCAACGGAUGGCUAGUCGCCGCAACCAUUACACGCACGGCGUCGCUGACUCUAUCGGGACUCACAAGCGUGCCAGCUUGCGCGGGUUCGGUGGAUUUGCUGCUCUGCUCUCCGCUGGCCCUGAUACGCCAGGUGGACGACCCAAUAGUCCAACACCUAGUGCGAGUACCUCCGUUUCUAGUUUGCCUUCGGGUAUGAUGGGUUAUUCAUCGAACGCAGGCUCAUCGCUGAACCUCACCAAUCUGACCACUCCAUCAAUCGGCUUUGUCUCAAAUCUUUCCCAAUCAAUCAUCCGUGAACAACACGAAGAAGAGUCACUCGAGUCGAGCCAAGUUGAUGAUGAGCAGACGAGGGAUAGCGAGCUGGCGCUUCUGGGGGCCCCAUGGGCCAAAGAGGGCAUUCUCCAGCGCAAGCAGUAUUGGGAAUCGAAGGGCAAAAGACACAAGGAUCGAGGUUGGGCCCAAGUGUUUGUGGUGAUCCAGACGGGUGUCCUCAAGAUGUUCCAGUUCGGCAAUAGUGGCGGCUCUUCUGCUGGCGCCGGCAUGGCGGCCGGUUCAACUUCCAAUGAAGUCGGAGCCACGACAACGAUCAGCUCUGAAGGUGUAUCGGGAGUCGGGGGAGGGAAUUGGCUGCCGAACGCACAGCUAUUAGGUGCAAUCACCCUCUCACAUGCGCUAACGAGUGUCCUAGUCUCCGGAUACAGCAAGGAGCGAGCCCACGUCUUCGUCUUAACGCUCUCGACUGGGGCUUCGUAUUUCUUCCAAGCGGGGACGGAGGAGCUCGUCUACGAGUGGGUAUCGACGUGCAAUUACUGGGCUGCCCGGCUGAGCAAGGAGCCGCUGACGGGCGGCGUGUCGAACAUGGAGUACGGCUGGAACAAGCUGUUGGAGGCGGACGCACCGGUUGCGGUGGAGAAGAAGGAAGAUCUGCGAGAGUGCCAGGGCGAUCAAGAGGAGAUGAUGAGCAUCGUCAGCGGCCACUCGGGUCACAGUCACAAGGGACGCCGGCUGCGGGACCGGCUCUUCAACGGCCUGCCCCUUGGGACCCCACACUCGCCCACCUUAGUCACCCAGACCAAUCGAGCCAGCGACGCCGAACACUGGUCCCACUCCGCCACCAGCAUCGACACCCAGGGCACCACCUCCCAGCCCGAGUCUAAAACCGCCUCUAACCUCCAUAUCGACCGCCCCCCCGCUCAAGCUGCUGUCCCUGAGAAACUUACCAUCAGCGACUGGAACCCUCCCGUGCCACCCAUGGCCCUCAGCUCCCUCCCCGAACACGUCCAACUCGAGAGCCUUAGACGACAUAACUCGCAUAUCCAAGUCGAGCUCGAGAGACACAAUUUACUGAGGAGACCGAUGGUCAAUAUGUACUGGAACCGGCCGAUCUAUCUGCAAAAAGCGAUGGCUAAUUGGGAGAAAAAGUCGCAAUAUUUGAUGGCCGAGAUCAUCAAAUACACCACCUAUUUGAACGCCUUAGAGUCGACCAUCAAGCUCAAAUUAUCGCUCUCCAAAGCCUCGCCGACGGCGUUUUCUCAUUAA